AGGAGAGGUUGCCGAUGGGAUCGCCGGAGGAGUUGCCGGUUGUGAUCCCGUUCGGCUACCUGAGGAACGGCAAAUCCAAAUCCAACAUUUGUAAUUCAUUAUUUAUUAUUUUUCUUUUCCAACACCCAUCAGCGGCACAAUCGUACGUAAUUAUCUAGUGUACAGAUAAGGCGGCGCGGAGGAAGAGACGGAAGCCGAGGCUGCCGCCGGCGGACUCUCUGGAGUCGAUUUGGCUGGCGAUCAUGGAGGGCCGCGGCGGAUCACGGAGGACCGCCCGCGACGACGACAACGUGCAGGCGGCGACGACCGAGAAGGCGUCGUCGGAGAUAAAAUCUCUGCAGGCGGCGACCGAGCUGCGGAGGGAUUCGUGGCUGGAGAAGGAGGAGCUCAACCGGCGGGUGGAGGCGUUCAUCAAGAAGUUCAACGACGAGAUGCGGCUUCAGCACCAGCGAUCGAUGCAGCAGUACGUUGACAUGAUCAAUCGCGGCUGUGCUUGAUUAUUUUAUUUGUGAAUAAUACAACUAAUCGAAUUAUAUUGUGAAUAUAUAAAAUUA